CCAAGAAUCAGCCAUCUUCUCUUAAGCUUAAUUUGGAAUUCAAAAUCCUUAUUGAAUUGCGUCAUGAAAGAAUCAUUCAGAUAUAUGGAUUUUGCAAUGGGAAUGCGUUAUCUUCAAUCAAAACAUAUUACUCAUCUGGAUUUAGCAGCUCGUAAUAUUUUACUUACUGUUGACACACAUGUGAAGAUUACUGAUUUUGGUUUGGCCAAACAAAUGGAUUCAGAUGUAUAUAAAGUAAAAUCUGAACGGAGUCUCCCACUAUGCUGGUCUGCUCCUGAAGUUAUUAACAAUGAAAUCACAACUCAAGCUGAUGUUUGGAGUUAUGGUGUACUGAUGUGGGAAUGUUUCACCUCUGGAAAACGGCCUAUACUACCUAAUGUAAAAUUUGCCAAAGAAAACUACAUACAUGCAUGGCAGACUGGGCAGCGUCUUCCUAAACCAGAAAAGUGUUCUGAAAAACAUUAUGAGCUAAUGAAGACGUGUUGGGAAUAUAAGCCUCAAAAAAGAGCAAACUUUGAUUGCAUUAUUCAAAGUUUAAUGCCAAUGAAGUUUUGAAGUGUGUGCAUCUGCAUAGGUUAUUCAUAUAUGAGAAUGUGUGUGUGUGUGUGUGUGUGUGUGUGCGCACCAGUGUAAUUGUGUCAUGUUUUAUUCCUAUAUCAAAAAAAUGAUAAACCUUAUCUAUUUGAUAAACACAGAGUGAUAAUAUAAAAAGUGGACUGAAAAAAAAUUCUGAUAUAGAUACGAGUGAUUAAAAAUUCUUGUUGGGGAGUAACUCAGCAUUAUUACAAUUUAAAGUUGGAAAACCUGUUUAUUAGGAAAUAUCAAAAAAAAAAAAAGAAAAAGAAAGAAAAUCAUUUGGAAAUUCUGUAUAGAUGUGAAAGGAAAAAUUUCUGUAAUUACACACACACACACACACACACACACACACAUGUACUCUCACAAACUCAUCAUCAUCAUCAUCAUAGUUUAACGUCCGCCUUCCAUGCUAGCAUGGGUUGGAUGAUUUGACUGAGGACUGGUGAACCAGAUGGCUGCACCAGGCUCCAAUCUGAUCUGGCAAAGUUUCUACAGCUGGAUGCCCUUCCUAACGCCAACCACUCCGAGAGUGUAGUGGGUGCUUUUACGUGCUACCGGCACAAGGCCAGUCACACGGUACUGGCAACAGCCACGCUCAAAAUGGUGUUUUUUACGUGCCACCUGCACAGGGGCCAGUCCAGCGGCACUGGCAACGACCUCGCUUGAAUGGCAACCACCUCGCUCGAAUUCAUAUAUUUAUUUACAGUGGUGGGCCUAUAUUUUGUGGGGCCUGAAACUUAAACUGUUAGUUGAAGGGCCCUUCACAACCUGUGAUAAUAGGGCAACAUCCAACAAAUUUUGAAAGGUCAUACUGCCCUUUCAAGUAAGCCCCUUUGGAACUUGUUGGAGGUCUUAAAGGUAGAGAACAAAGUGAUGGAGUGAGGUUCUUGAAAAUGGAGCCAUGCAGUGUACCUCUUCCUACUGACAACUAGGUCUGACUGAUCUCAAUAAUUUUUUUCCAUGGUAGAUCACAGUCCUUUUUAACAAUUCAACUGCUAUAUCUCAGUUUCAUUAAACUUGCUGUAAUGGGUUACCUCACAUGUCAAAGUCACCAGUAUAAAUAAAAAUUCCCUGUACCUUAUAAUUUCAUAGUUAUAAGUGGAUGAAUACUAGGGAUGGUUUAUAUACAUACGUCAAGCAUUGUAGAAUGGUUGCUGUAACAGCAGGACCACUGCAAAUAUAAUCUUUGCAUACACCUAUAGGUACGAUUGUAAGCCUGAUGCUCUAAUCACUGAGCCAUGUGACUUCACAAUCAUUAAAAUAUUUCUUAGAAAAACAUUGCAAUGAAGCACUCGUACUACAAAGAGUACAUGUAUUGUUUUAUACCUUUAUUUGUUUCAGUUAUUUGACCGUAGCCAUGCUGGAGCACUGCUUUUAGUUGAACAAAUCAACCCCAGGACUUAUUCUUUGUAAGCCUAGUACUCGUUCUAUCGGUCUCUUUUGCUGAACCGCUAAGAGUACUACAUGAAGUGCAUUUUACAAAAUCCUUUUUCUUUAUUAUUUAUUUUUUAUUUUUGUUACAUAAGGUGCAGGAGUGGCUGUGUGGUAAGUCACUUGCUUACCAGCCACAUGGUUCCAGGUUCAGUCACACUGCAUGGCACCUUGGGCAAGUGUCUCCUACUAUAGCCUUGGGCUGAUCAAAUCCUUGUGAGUGGAUUUGGUAGAUGGAAACUGAAAGAAGCCUGUUGUAUAUAUAUGUGUGUGUGUGUGUGUAUGUCUGUGUUUGUCCCCCAACCAUUGCUUGACAACCAUUGGUGAUGUAUUUACAUCCCUGUAACUUAGUGGUUCAGUAAAAGAGACCGACAGAACGAGUACUAGGCUUACAAAGAAUAAGUCCUGGGGUUGAUUUGUUCAACUAAAAGCAGUGCUCCAGCAUGGCUACGGUCAAAUAACUGAAACAGAUAAAGGUAUAAAACAAUACAUGUACUCUUUGUAGUACGAGUGCUUCAUUGCAAUGUUUUUCUAAGAAAUAUUUUAUUGAUUGUGAAGUCACAUGGCUCAGUGGUUAGAGCAUCAGGCUUACAGUCGUGAAGUUGUGAGUUCAAUUCCCAGACUGGGCCAUGUAUUGUGUUCUUGAGCAAGACACUUUAUUUCACAUUGCUCCAGUUCACUCAGCUGUAGAAAUGAGUUGCGACAUCAUUGGUGCCAUGUUGUAUUGGCCUUUGCCCUUACCUUGGACAACAUUAGUAGCUUGGAAAGGGGAGGCUGGUAUGCAUGGGCGAUUGCUGGUCUUCUACAGAGAACCUUGCUUCAAAGGGUAACUUUCUAGGUGUAAUCCCAUGGUUAUUCAUGACCAAAGGAGUCUUUACUCUAUUUUAUGGAUGAAGAAUUUAUACACUUUUCAGCUAUGGUAAACCAAAAUUUGUUCCUUAUAAAGGCUCACUUUGAGAAAUUCCUUUCUGAUUAACAACUCUCGUUAGACAUUGUCAAGUACAGCUCAAGUGUAGUAGUAAUAUUGCAGAACAUUUCAAUGAAGUGUUGCUCAAAAAUAAGUUGAAUUCCUAUGUAUUGCAUUUUGGAUGACAAAUUUCCUUUUGGGUUCUGAGGUUUCCCAAGUUGCUAAUAGUCUCUGAACUGAUAACAUUUGUUUACUAAUUUGUGGUCACUAUUAUCUUUGUAAUAAUAAGUUUAAUAUCAUCCUCAUCAGUUUCAGUAUUGGUUACCAAUUCUGAGAGGAACUUGAAUUUGUUUUGCAAUCCGCUCAUACAAGCCAAUCUUAUAUAAGCGAAGUACCAAACAGUUAUAGAUUUGAUUUAGAAUUUCUAUCUUAAAUUUAUCUCAUCUCAAAGAAGCUCUGUCUUGUUCUAUCUGAUAAUUUCUUUGUAGCACUGAGAAUAACUUGAGGUGCCGUCUUCAUUCAAACAUUGUUAUUUGUGAUUCCCAGAGUGCAGUCUUGUCUAACUUUUCUCUUUUAUAAACAAAAGUAAACAUUAUAAAAGAUGGCUUUCAGAUACAUAAAAAACCAGAGAUUUGGAGUUUCUGGUUUUGAUGAAAUUCUCCAACACUUCUUCCUAAGCUACUGUUACAAGAGCAUUUUCCAAGUCCAACUUUAUCAAUUUGCAGUAUGAAUUCUUUGUAUCUCAUUCAGGCUUUUCUUUCCAGUUUUCAAAAAUAUAUUUGAGACUUUGUAAAAUACCGGUGAUUUAAUUGUUUACUGCUUCUUAAUGUGCUUACCAUCUGCUUACACUUAGGCUCUUCAAAAUAAAGUUAGAUUAUCCUGUGUUUGAAAUCCUCCAGAAAAUGCUAUUUUAAGCAUGUUGGGGAUUUUCAGGAAAAAAAAAAAACAAAAAAAAAAAACAUGCAGUUCUUGCAAAAUGUCAAAAUAUUCAAAAACUUCAUGUACAAUGGACAUUGCCUUUUUUUCUAUAGGAUUACUUGAAUAGUCUGCACAUGGUACAUGGUCUACAUGUCUUUUAAUGUUUUUUAAGAGUUCUCUGAGCUUUUCAUGUUGAAACCAUGAUUGUGUAGUAACGCUGUGCGCAUGCGUAGUCUCACGCAUGCGUGGAAUUCAACAUCCAAGCUUUCCCGCUUUAUUCUGUCUCUUUUCUCGCCUGGCCGGCAUUGAGCAAGGACGUGUCUAGCUGUCUCUCUCCAUCUUUCGAACUCACGCUAGACAGCUCACAUCAACAUACCAACGUCCCAACAACCAUGUUCUUACACACAGAAGACGUCUCAACAACCAAGAAUAAAGCUGUAUAUAUUCCACCAUGAAUAAAUAUUGUUGAGUUGAUA